GUGGAAACAGAAGAAGUUCGGGCAUUGAUUGGUUCUGUCUGUGCACGGACUCCGCUCUGGGGGAAUAAGUGUGUUUUUACUUUGACUGGGGCUUCUCCUCUCCAAUCAGAACUGUGGAUCAUGCACUGACAACAAACAAAAGACCUAACGAGCUAGCCGCUCAUGUCUGGUUUUAAUUUUAUCUGUCAGAUUGUUUGCUUUUAGAGAGAAUAAACCGUCUUCUUACGUUUGAUUAGCUUGCAAGCAAACGUCGCAGCGCUUAAUUCGUUUGCGGGCGGGCCCAGCUCUAGAAGUUUUUUUUUUUUUUAUCGGAGCUAGCUUGGUGAGCUAGCUGUCCGUUUGCUUGUAGGUUAUAUUUUAAUAGAUAGCUGAACGUCCGAUCGCCAUGUCCGGACAGUCCUCGGGCUGUGGGUUUCUGAUGUCGGUGGUGGUUCACGGAGACUCGACUCUCAGCGAACAGGAAAAAGAGCUCAGCCAGCGUCUCCGGCGACUCUACCCGGCCGUAAAUGAACAAGAAACCCCGCUGCCCCGCUCGUGGAGCCCCAAGGACAAGUUCAGUUACAUCGGCUUGUCUCAGAACAACCUCCGAGUGCACUAUAAAGGUCAUGGGAAGACCCCGAAAGAUGCGGCUUCGGUGCGGGCGACCCACCCCAUCCCAGCCGCCUGUGGGGUCUAUUACUUCGAGGUCAAGAUUGUCAGCAAAGGCAGGGACGGGUACAUGGGGAUCGGUCUCUCAGCCCAAGGCGUCAACAUGAACAGACUCCCAGGUUGGGAUAAACACUCGUAUGGUUACCACGGCGACGACGGCCACUCCUUCUGCUCCUCGGGCACGGGGCAGCCGUACGGGCCCACGUUCACCACGGGCGACGUCAUCGGCUGCUGCGUGAACCUGAUCAAUAACACUUGCUUCUACACCAAGAACGGCCACAGUUUAGGUAUCGCUUUUACUGAUUUACCGCCGAACCUCUACCCCACAGUGGGCCUGCAGACGCCCGGCGAGGUGGUGGACGCCAACUUCGGGCAGCACCCGUUCGUCUUCGACAUCGAGGACUACAUGCGCGAAUGGAGGACCAAGACGCAGAUGCUGAUCGGCAGGUUCCCCGUCGGGGAGCGCGAGGGCGAGUGGCAGUCCAUGAUCCAGAAGAUGGUAGCAUCGUACCUGGUCCACCACGGUUACUGCGCCACAGCAGAGGCGUUCGCACGUUCCACGGACCAGACGGUGCACGAGGAGCUCGCCUCCAUCAAGAACAGGCAGAAGAUUCAGAAGCUGGUGCUCUCAGGGCGGAUGGGCGAAGCCAUCGAGACGACACAGCAGCUGUACCCCAGCCUCCUGGAGAGGAAUCCCAAUCUGCUUUUCAUGCUCAAGGUGCGGCAGUUCAUAGAGAUGGUGAACGGCACGGACAGUGAGGUGCGCUGCCUGGGUGGCCGCAGCCCCAAGUCCCAGGACAGCUACCCUGGCAGCCCCCGGCUCUUCGGCAGCCCUAGCCUGAGCCCCAGCCACGGGCCCAACAUCCACAGCCUGGCCUCACCCACCAAAGCUGGCAGCUCCCACUCCUACCUGUCAGGUUUCGACAGCAGCUGCAGUAACGGGGUGGCACCCGCAAAGCCCCACCCCCUAUCCCACAGCCACAAGCAGUCGCCCCCGACCCUGUCCAAUGCCGAGCUCAACACCAUCAACAGCACGCGGAGUCAGCAUGGAGGCACCUGUACCAGCAAUGACGUGGACAUGGAGGUGGACCACUAUAGCAACGGCGUGUCGGAGACCACUUCCAACGGCUUCCUGAACGGCAGCUCCAAGCAUGACGUCGAGCUGGAGGACUGCGAUAACGACAUGGAUGUGGACCCCACCCUGCCCAGGCGGCAGCUGUGUGGCGGUAGCCAGGCAGCCAUCGAGCGAAUGAUCCAGUUCGGCCGCGAGCUGCAGAGCAUGAGCGAGAACCUCCGGCGUGAGUGCGGCAAGAACGCGGCCAACAAGAAGAUGCUGAAGGAUGCGUUCAGUCUGCUAGCCUACUCGGACCCCUGGAACAGCCCGGUGGGCUACCAGCUGGAUGCCAUACAGAGGGAGCCCGUCUGUUCCACCCUCAACAGUGCAAUAUUAGAGACCCACAACCUGCCCAAGCAGCCCCCCCUGGCCCAGGCAGUGGGUCAGGCCUCCCAGUGCCUGUCCAUCAUGGCCCGCUCAGGCAUCGGCUCCUGCGCCUUCGCCUCUGUGGAUGACUACCUGCACUAGCUAUGCAAGCUGGCUCCGCCCCCUUCCCCUGCCCAGGCCACACCCCUCUGCACAGGGUGUCAACUAGCCAGAGGAAAUACAAACUCGUCUUUGUUCCUUAGAUUAUUUUUUUUAUUACUUCCUUAGCGGGGACAGGCUCUGAUUGUCAGUUAACUUUGGUUUCCUAGUUUACAAGGCAUGGUGCAAAUGACGAAGAUGAUUAUUGUUGUUAUAAUUAUUAUUUGCCUAACUUGCAUAUACAGUGUACCUGUUCUCGGUUUGAAAACCAGCGCAUUCAACACCACAGACUAAUAAAAGUCCCGAUACUCUACAUCCCUGAAAGUCACAUGGUGUUCAGAGAGCCGUCGUUUUCUAGUAUCAUUCACAUGUACGUCACGCACGGUAUGUGUGUUAGCCUGUGUAUAUAUAUAAAUAUAUAUUUAAAAACUUAAUGGAAUUAUAUCAACAAAAAAAAAAGUUUAAAAUAUUUAGCUACCAAAAGUAAGAAAACCAAAAAAAAAAGACAAAAAAAACCUUUUAAUAUAGAAUAAAGCAUCUUUUGUGGUGGAUAUUUGUAUGGACACUUAGUGUGAUAUGCCGUUAUUGGGUUCUGUGGUCAAUUUUGACAAAUCCCCCCCCCCCCCCCCGUCCUCUCCAUUUCCCCCCUACCCAACGGUUGGGUGCAGCACCUUACUGGUCAGCACAAGUGAUGUUGGUGUGGCGCGAUGUGUUACCCCCCCUCCUUUCACUGAGUUGUAUAUUACUGGCAACGCAUAUCCUGCAACCACCAAGCACUCAGGAGCCAAGUUGCCUUUUCAUUUCCCACCUCACACACCCCCCCCACCCGAUCCAGUUCAAACCAGUACCUUUCGUUUUGGUUUCAUUCGGUUUGCUUUUCGGAUCCAGGUUUGGCGAACUUUAUACCUUCUGCACCGUGGCGUAGCAGAGAGGGGAAAAAUGGAAGAGAAAUAAAAAAAAAACAGUAUUGUCAAUAACACUGUGGUAACAUGACAUUUACAAUAAAAACCAAAUACCUAAGACGGAGCGGUCUUAACUGUGUGCAUCCUGUAUUUUUCUAAAUGCCGUGGUAAAUAUUUGCUUCUCAUGUGAGAAUGAAACUGUAUGACUGAUUAAUUACCCAUUAAAGUUCACUCUGAGGGUCA